UGGACUGGUUUAGAAGAAUAGAGAGUUGUUGUCGUGAGCAACAAGUGGGCGCUCUGCGAACUAUCUAGUAGGCCUACUGUAUUGAGUACUAGCGGCCAUUCAUUACGCUGAGAAGAAGGGGACUUUAAAUGAAGAUUAGAUGCUCAAGUGAUCUUCUGUAUUUCUCUCUGCAGAUCAAUUAGUAUAGAUAGAUGCGGUUUGUGUCCUGAUAACUUGUGUUAAACCGAAGAGGGGAAUGCUUCGGAAAGAGGAAAGCGCGCAUUAAACACCCCAAAUUUCGAGUGUCCAGUGUCAUGAAACUAAAUCCACAGCAAGCUCCGCUAUAUGGUGAGUGUCUUCUGACGGUGCAGCUGGGUGAUGAAGAUCAUUGGGAGGAUGAGGAGGAUGUGGAGUUCUACCUGCUGUUUGCUGGUACCAACCAGAGGCACCUGACCAGCACCUUGAGGAUCAGCCAUGUCACCCUGCAGGCUGUGUGCCCAGCCCACGACUGCUCUGAAUCGGUGCAGGUCACGCUGUGCUCGGCGCGGCCGGGCGGCUCCGUGGAUCCCGUGGCUGAAGAGCGCUUCCAGUUCGUCCAGGACCUGGCCUUCGACAUGGCCCAGUUCCUGGUGAGCGCUGCGGGGCAGGCCGACGGUCUGGAGGGGGCACUGCUGCUGGACGAGUGCCAGAUCCCUCUGCAGGAGUGUGAGCGGCUGGACGACAGCCUCUCCCUGGCCCUUAGACACCUGGUCCUGCCCCAGGGGUGGAGCGUCCUGGGUACCAACGUGGGCACACCACCAGCUGAGCCUGGUCCACACGAGACCCUCCUGCACUUUGCGGCUCGGCGCGGGCUGCGGAAGGUGGCCUUGUUCCUGCUCCAGCAGCCAGGAGGCAGAGAGGCUCUCAGACUGCCCAAUAAGCAGGGAUCUACACCAGUCAGCGUGGCAGAGAAGAGGGGCCACGACCAGCUACAUCAGCUCUUCACUGAGGUUGAGACCUUGCCGGAGACCCGGAUAAAGGCAGAGGAGAGGCAGUGUUACCCAGGAGGCCGAGCGCUGCAGCACCACCCCAGACUGAACACCUACACCCUGACGGUGGACACGGUGCCAGGGAAACCUCCGCCCAGCCUGCAGGGAGAGGUGGAGAAGAUACGGAAACUCAUCCGCUCACACAGAGACAACAAGCUCCUAGUGCAGCAAAGAGCUCAUACAGUAAGUCAUCUCAAAACCCAGAAUCAAAUAUCCUGGCCUAUUGGAGAUCAUGUGUUCCAGCAGCAGUCACCAGACGAACUAAACACUACAGCAGCAUCCAGUGACAUCAGCAACACAUCAGCGCACACAGCUUUACACCCACAACACAGCCAUGGCCACCUCGCGGGAGGGGCGUUACCUUGUCCAAACGGCCAGCCAGAGGAAGGGGAGGCGGGCCCUGCUCAGGCAGCAGUAAAGGACUCUGUGAAGGCGCCAGAUAAAAGAAGUGAAGCUGCAGUACAGCGGCGGAAGAGGGAGGGCGAGACACCAGCUUUCAGCGUACCUUCCUGUGGAAACCAGCAGGAGGAAGCUGAUAGAGAGAGGACAGGCGUAACCACUGCCAGGCAGAGCAGCAAGGCAGGGCGCCGUAAAAGGAACAAGGAAGAGAGAGAGAAGAGGAGAGCAGAGACUGAGACGGGCGAUAAGGCUGCUGCUUCUCCGACGACGGUUACGCCAGCCAUGGGCCACGCACAGUCCCAGGAACACCCGGAACACACGGAACACACGGAAGCCAAGCAUUGGCCCCUGAAGACUGGGGAGGGGAGUACAGGCAACAGCAGUAGCAGCUGUGGGGACACGAGGGCUCAGAAGACUAUGGAAGGGCAGGGGGAGCCUGACAACAUCGAGGAGAUGGAUUCUAGAGCAGCCUGGGCUCAGAUAGUGGCUGGGGCUCCUUUGGAGAAUGGACAGCACGACGGACAUAGCGGCGGCGAGGUGGAGGUGGAGUACGCGGAGGCCGCCUCUGAAUGUACUCUGCAGACAAUGACAGGAGCUGUGAGAUGCCAUCAGACACAGGCACAGGCUGCACAGUCAGAAGACGCCGUACAAAGACAGGAAAUCACCACAGCAGUGACACGUUAUUCUGAGAAGCACGAGUGGGCCAAUAACAGCAGCCAGAUCCGGCGGUCUGAGACUGAGAGAGGUGGUGAUUGUGGCGGAAAGAGUGAGGAAGGAAACCCCAGCCAACAGACCAAUGGUAGCACUGAGUCAGCCAGAAGCAGAAGUGGAGAGACUGACACAAACAGCAUGAAGCAGAGCCCCAGUAUGGCGGAGGGAGAAAGCGAGAGCAGCCGUUCACACGGACCCAGUAGCGUUACAGCACCAGAGCCCAGUGAGCAGGUCCUGGAUCAGCCAGCGGAGGGCACAGUGGAGGUAGUGGUACCCCCACCACAGAAUAAUCAGGACGGCGCCCACAGCCAGGGCCACGAGGCUGGGCAGGAAUGUGAGGAACAGGCGUCCACUGAGGAUGGAGAGAGAUCGAGCAUAGAGAAGUGGACCAUGGGGCCACAGCACUCUGAUGAUGUCACAGACCACACACCCUCUCGUCAGGAGGGAGAACUCGUUCAGUUGGAUAGUUGCUCCGCGGACAAACUGUCUGAAGAGGGGACAGUCACAGGAGAGGAGACCCCUAUAAAGAAGAAGGUGUCUGUACAGUGGGCAUCAUUAGAAGAGGUAGACUCUCUGCCGUGUAGGGAGGAGAUAGCAGCCACAGCUGUAGCAGUGGUGGCCAUAGCAGUAGCAGCUGCUGUAGCAAACAUAGAACAAUGCAACUCCAACUCAAUGCUGGAGGCAAGCCAGUUACAGGAGGCUGUUGACGGCGAGAGUGAGCAUCAGACUGGACCCAAAGACACUGCACAAAGGUCAGGGGUCACUGUGUCUGAGGCCACUGAGACGCUUACCUCAGACGGGGAUCCUACUGUCUCACCUUGUGAGGGGGAUGUGAUGGACAAGAACCCCUCAAAGGGAGAGGAUGAGCCUCAUCUUUUACAAGGAGAGGAGAGCAGUGACCUGUCCAAAGCCAGACCUGGGAAUGAAAAUGAAGUGGAGGCCAGACUAGCAGGCCUGAGUCUGACCAAGGGAGAGAGUGUAGCAGUCAGCAGAGAGUGUGGAGACUCCCACCCUCAGAUAGACAUGUUGUUACAUGACGAAAGGGCUGUGGACAGACAGAGUGAUGAGGUCAUCACAUCCUCCUCCACUAUCUCCCCAGAGAGAUCCUCAGAGCUGACACAUCAGGAGGCUAUUCCAGAGAGCCCGGCCACACCUGUACAUUUACAUACGGCCAGUGACUCGGACAGUGGUACGGCCCAGAGUUCGGAGCUGACUUCCCCCUCUGAGCUAGACAGUGGAACAGGCCUCGGUGAGGAGAAGCACAGCUCCUCAGUGAAAGUAGACAGUGGAUUGUCCUUGGGCCUGCAGUCCUCAGACACGCUGGCCAGUCUGGAUGGAGUGAGUGAGAGAACGCUGGAUACUAAAGUGGAGAGUUCUGAAGCUUUAAGACCACUUGACAAGUCUGUGAAAGACAAAGACACCCAGGGAGAAGAGAAGGGGAAGAAGGAAUCCGUCUCAGAUACGGAAGACUCCACACUGAUCCACAGAGAGAAGGAGACAUUCUACCCUGUCCAGUCCUGCACAGAUCCCACGCUACAGGUGAAGACCACCAUCACAGAAUCCACAGAAUUUCCUGUGUCCCCGUGCUCUGAGAGCGUUGGAGGUUCUUUGUUGACCACUGGUGCCCUGCAAGACUCAGUCAGUGAUGUGGACAGUCUGGGAGAGGACAGUGUCUUCAGAAAGGCUGUGGAUAGGCCAAGGGAUAGCACCAGCGGGGUGUCAGUGUCCUUCUCCUCCAUAGACGACGUGGCCAGUGUGGGUCCCCUCAGCGCCAGCUCCCAUGGCAGUGUAGGUCCCCUUAGUGUCUCCUCCCAGGGCAGCAUGGGCCCUCCUUGGGCCGGGGCGGGGGCGGUGCGAACCAGGGCCAGCUGGAGCUCUGGAGACACCUGGCAGACGACAGGGAAGGGAGGAGAGGAGGAGGAGAGGAAAGACAAGCUGACAGAGGGGCCUGUAUGCUCCUCCAUCAUGCGCCCAUGUAUCCGCUCGCUCUCUCCGUUCCGCCGGCACAGCUGGGGCCCGGGGAAGAAUCCUGAAGGAGAAACGGAUAUGAACCAACGCAGUUCAUUGCGAAGUCAAGGGGAAGGGAAGCCUCGAAAGCCAACAUUUCAUAGGAGAAGUAUGAGCUGGUGUCCCUCCAACAUCCCCCCUCCUCACCCGGAACAGAUUGAUAGCAGAAGUUACAGUUUGGAAGGCCUGGCUGGAGAGGAGGAUGCUGGGAAGGCUUCUGCCAAUGUGGGGACCGCUGCUCGUGUGACACGUCUGGACAGUGAGGAGAGAGGCUCGCUUCUGUCCCUGACAGAGGAGCAGGAAUCAGACCUGGGGGACUGCAGCAGCCUCGACAGCCAGAAAUCAGGGAGAGUUCUGCCUGUGAGACGUCCCCCCAUGCCUCACCAAGUGCUCACCAAGUCAGUGUCCAUGCUGGCCAUCAGUCACAGAGACCUGGACGCAAACGGACGGACUCGACCAAAGAGACACAUCUCCUUCUCCUUCAGCAUCCCCAAAUCUAGAACAUUAUUUUCUAUUGGCUCUUCCUCCAGUGAUGAGGAGGAGGUUGUGAGAAUGGGAUCCUUUUCCAGUACUUCUGGGUCACUAGAGUACAGCAUCUCUGAGGAGGACCCGGGUCCCCUGCAGAACUACACUGAGGGGAGACAAGGGACCAAGGUCAGCCGCACUUUCAGUUACCUCAAGAGCAAAAUGAGUACCAAGAAGAACAAGGAGAAAGACAAAGAGAAGGGUCAGGGGAAGGAGAAAGACACCAAGGAGAAGAAGACCCUGAACGGCCAUCUCUUCAGCUCUGUGAACCCAGCGCCCUCCACAACCUGCCACCAAUGCAACAAACCCAUCAACACUAAAGAAGCUUUCCUCUGCACCAACUGCAAUGCACAGGUCCAUAAGGGCUGCAGAGAGAGUCUUCCUGUGUGUGUCAAGGUCAAAAUGAAGCAGCAGAAGCAGCAGACCGUGGUAGAUUCUGCAUCCGUGUCCGGAGUCAUGUUGAGAUGUAAAUCCACGUCGUCGUCAUCUCGGGAGCGUCCGUGGUCUGCCAUCUCGUCCCCUGACAACCAGGCCAUGGUCACGGUGGCGGCGGUGGUGCCUCGCAGGAAUCCCAGCAUCCUCUCCAGCAACCUGUCCAAGAGCAUCUCCAUCAGCAAUAUCGCAGGGCCAUUGAUGGAUGAGAUGCCUAUGAAGGGCUUGAAGUACCUGUCCCAGUCCACAGACUCACUACACAAGAUCUCCAAGGUCAACGAGUCCACUGAGUCUCUCACUGAUGAAGGGACUGAAAUGAUGGACAGCCAGCUGAUGGGGGAGUUUGAGGCGGAGUCUAAGGAUCUGGAGGCAGACUCCUGGACCUUCACUGUGGACAAGAAGUAUGUGAAGGGGCUCAAGAAGGAAGUGGUCAAGAGACAGGACGUAAUCUAUGAACUGGUCCAGACAGAGAUGCACCACGUGCGGACGCUGAGGAUCAUGUCUGAGGUGUACAGUAAGGGACUGCAAAAGGAGGUGCAACUGGAGACCCAGGUGGUGGAGCGAGUUUUCCCCAUGCUGGAUGAACUCCUGGAACUACACACACACUUCUUCACACACCUCCUGGAACGCAAGAGGGAAUCCUCCAUCGAGGGCCGGGACGACGGUAGCUUCCUCAUCCGCAAGAUAGGAGAUGUGCUCGUCUCACAGUUCUCAGGUCCCAAUGCCGACCGCAUGAAAAAAGUAUAUGGGAAAUUCUGCAGCCGCCACAAUGAGGCGGUCAACUUUUAUAAGGAGCUUCACACCAAAGACAAACGCUUCCAAGCCUUUAUCAAGAAAAAGAUGAGUAGCACAAUCGUCCGAAGACUAGGCAUCCCAGAGUGCAUCUUAUUAGUGACACAGCGAAUAACCAAGUACCCCGUGUUACUACAGAGGAUACUGCAGCACACCAAAGAGAACGAGGAGGACCAUGAGGAUAUAACCCAGGCUCUGAGGCUGGUGAAGGAGAUUCUAAAUGCAGUGGACAGCAAGGUGAACGAACAUGAUAAGAAGAAACGGUUAAAAGAGGUGUACAGUCGUACGGACAGCAAGUCCAUUCAGAGGAUGAAGAGCGGACAGAUGUUUGCACGGGAGGACCUGGUGAGAGGCAGGAGGCUGCUGCAUGACGGACCGCUGCAGCUCAAGAACUCUGCAGGCAGGCUAAAGGAUGUCCAGGCCAUGCUGCUGUCUGACGUGUUUGUGUUCCUCCAGGAGAAAGACCAGAAAUAUGUCUUUGCCUCACUGGAUCAGCGGUCCACAGUGAUCUCCCUGCAGAAGCUGAUAGUGCGGGAGGUGGCUAACGAGGAGAGGGGUCUCUUCCUGAUCACAGCAGGCAUAGAGAAGCCAGAGAUGGUGGAGGUGCUGGCCAGCACCAAGGAGGAACGCAACACCUGGAUGCAGCUCAUACAGGACGCCAUGCACUCCAUAGAGAAGGAUGAUGAUGAGGGAAUCCCCAGUGAGACCGAGGAAGACAAGAGACUGCUGGAGACCAAAGCACGGGAGAUGAGAGAGCUGCUGAGGAAGAAGGACGAGCAGAUCGUGUGUCUAUUGAAGGAGAAGUUGAAGGUGUUCAGGGACAUGUGUGAGGGUGGCAGCGGCCCAGCGGAGGAGACCAGCCCAGCCCAGUCCAUCAGGACCAGGAUGCUGUUCAGAGCCACCCCAGACUACGUCACCAAGGGAGAGCCCAUCAUGAAGGAUGCCUUGAGGGAAGUGGAGACUCUCCAUGUGCUGGUGAAUGGCAGUCUGGGCGGGGCCGUGGGGCAGCAGGUGUCCAGUACCCAGGAUGCAUCAGGGGGCAGUGUGGGGCCGGUUUGUCUGCCUCGUCGCGCUGAGACCUUCGGAGGCUUCGACAGCCACCAGAUGAACAUCUCCAAGAACGGAGAGAAAGAAGAGGGGGAUGACUCAUUAGACCUUCGGAGGACUGAGUCAGACAGUGUGUUAAAGAAGGGGGGCAACAACAACCUACUGCUGCUGCUCAAGAGGAACAGUGAGCAGGUCCUCCAUAGUGUCACACAUCUCCAUGACCUCCUCAACACACUGCAGGCGGUGGUGGUUCAGCAGGACACCUUCAUAGAGAACCAGCGUCAUGCUCUGGCUGAGCGGCCAGCCUCCCGCCACUCCUCCACCUCCUCCCUGUCCUCCACCUCCUCGCGGCCCAACUCCCUGAUCGAGCAGGAGAAGCAGCGCAGCCUGGAGAAGCAGAGGCAGGAGGUAGCCAACCUGCAGCGCCAGCAGGCGGCCCACGUUGACGAGCGGAGGAGGAGGGAGAGGGAGUGGGAGGUGAGGGAGUCGGGGCUGAGCGACAGGGAGGCGCAGGUGAAGGAGCAGGACGAGGAGGCGGCGAGGAGGCGCAGGCAGCUGGAGGAGGAGAGGCAGGAGCUGCAGAGGAGGAAGGAGGAGUACCAGAGGGAUCUGGAGAGGCUGAGGGACGCCCAGAGGAAGCUGGACAGAGACAGGGAGACGCUGCGGAGAGAGGCUGAGAUGGUGGAGCAGAUGAAAAAGGCUGAGGCAGAGCAGGCACACAGGACCCAGCGGACGCCCUCCUCCACCUCAGAGGAGUCCAUGAAGUUUCAGAGCUCCACCUCUCUGGAUAAAGAGCCUGGAGGAGGGGAGGCAGAGCUGUCCUCCUCCCCCGCCACCAAAGACCCCUUCCUCAGGAUGGGCUCCAAGAGGAAAGGGAAGAACCUGAACCCCUUCUCCUCCUCGUCCUCUUCCUCCAACGCCAGCUCCAAGGCCCAGAGCAGCACAGACGGCCAGAACCAAAUCCCCAACCGCCUGAUGCAGCUGGCCAAGACCAAGGACAAGAAGGAGAAGAAGAAGAAGAAAGGGAAGGGCCAAUCACAGCCAGAUCCCCAGAACACUGGGGUCACAGGGCUUCAGGCCGAUGGAGAGAUCUUCUUCUGCUGAUUCCUUGGGGGUCCACUAUCCCACAAUGCCCCACACUCACAGCAUCACAGUGACUGCAUCAGCUGACUGCCCAGACUCUGUAGUAGUGUGGCCAGAUAGAUAUGCACCCCAUUGACAUCCUGUACCCUACCCACUGACCUGAAGGGGAUGGCCAUGGACAGGAAGUACAACUAGAGCAUUUCCUGUGACCUUUUUAGGGAACCAUGCAGACACUUCCCAGUUGCCAUUCUGAAGUGUCGAGGUGUGACUUUUGGAUGAACAGAAUUAGGAUUCUGCAAGUCUGAUGUGGCAUGGAUUGGAUUGGCUUGCAUGGGUUGGUUGCCUUGGCUUUGAUAGUGUUCAGAUAUGAUUUGGACAGUUUCAGGAGUUAUACCAUGGGUAGAGGAAAUUGUAUCAUUCAUGAAGUAUACAGUAGCUAACAUUCAUUUUCUAUCUGAAGGGAAGAUUUAACAGAGCAGGUGCCGUGGGGACUGUUAUAGAAUGUUCUGCAUUUCACAAAUUCAAGUAUACCCUAAUAGCCAAAAUGACAAAAGAGAGCAUACACCCUAUUUAACAAUUCCAGUUGAGUGAGUAAAGCUUAUACAAUGGUUUUCUUGUCAUACUUGUCAAGGUAUUGCUUAACACUGGGCCCCAUAAUGCUUCAUUCCCGCCUGUAAGGAACUUGAGGAACAUUUCUCCCAUCAACUCUACGUCAGAAGUUAUACAAUAUAAUCACUCAAAUGGGUGGCAGGUAGCCUAGCGGUUAAGAGCGUUGGGCCAGUAACCGAAAGGUCGCUGGUUUGAAUCCCUGAGCUG